GCGUAUGAUCACGUACAUCGACUUAAUAUCGCUGAACCUUACACUCCAAACCUUCCCGCACGUUCCAGUCCUUGCCGAACACUCCGAACCUUGCGAACGAACUGACCCAGCAACACUUGAGCGUUCAGCAUCCAGGCACGUGCCCACGCGUUGAUUGGUCGCGUCCCGACCUUCAUACCACCAUCACUUCUACAACCAACAUCGCAAACGCGCAAAAGCACCGAGACCCGCACUUGAAGCUUUUGAAACAUCAACGUGUAAUAUAGUAAUUGCAGACAACAUGUCGCGACCGGCGGCGAAGAAGGCAGCGCCCAAGGGCGAGUAUAUCGAGACGGACUCCGGGAACAAGGUAUCCCGCCGCGCCGCCAUAACCGGCACCGCGAACAUCACCCUCGGCGGGCGCACCGUCAUAAUGGCGGACGUGCAACUCCGGGGCGACCUGCGCCCAACACGCUCAUCGGCCACGCAGUCGGGCAAGGAAGCCGUAUCGACCAGCAUCAUCAUCGGGCGGUGCACCGUGAUCUCCACGGGGAGCGUUAUCAAGCCGCCAGCGCGGAUCAGCAGGGGCGAGAUCCACUACUAUCCGAUCAAGAUCGGGGACAAUGUUUUUGUUGGCCCCAACUGCACAAUCUCCGCCAUCUCGAUAUCCUCACACGUCCACAUCGGCGCGCACGUGACCAUCCAGCCCUUCGCCAUCAUCAAGGAGAACGUCAAGAUCCUGCCGCACACCGUGGUGCCGACGAACAUGGUGAUUGCGUCGGGGUCGGUGGUGGGCGGGCAGCCUGCGCGCGUUGUGGGGGAGGUUGGAGAGGGAUGGGGGGUUGGAGGGGGAGGCGCGGGCGGCGGGCUGGGAGUUGGAGGGGGAGGGGAGGAGAAGUGGGUUGAGGGAGGGGAUUUGAGGGAGUUGGUGCGGAGUAUUAAGUAG